AUGACUGAAGAAUUUAUAUCCGAAUGGGAUAAAAAAAGAUAUAUCCCAAAGCCUGGUGAACCAACUUUGCCGCCUCAAUUGUCUGAACUUGCUGAUAAAUCUGCAGAUGAUGUCAUAAAAGAAUUGAAUAGAUUGCCCUUUUUCAUGACUGAAUUGGAUGAAACCGACGGUGAUGGAGGAGAAAAUACUAAUUUAGAGGCACUUAAAAGUUUAGCAUACGAUGGUGAACCUGACGAAAUUGCUACGAAUUUUAAAAACCAAGGAAAUGAUUGUUACAAAGUUAAACAAUAUAAAACUGCUGUAGAUUACUAUACAAGAGGUUUAGAAAUGGAUUGUGGAGUUGACUCGAUUGACUCUGCAUUAUAUUUAAAUAGAGCUGCUUGUAAUCUUGAAUUGAAGAAUUACAGAAAAUGUAUUGAAGAUUGUAAAAGUGUUUUACUUAUAGAUGAAAAAAAUGUUAAAGCAUGCUACAGAUCAGGUAAAGCCUUCUUUUAUGUUGAAAGAUACGAGGAAGCCAAGCAAAUAUUUCAAUAUGGAUUGACCAUGGACGCCGAUAAUAAAUCUAUUAAAGAUGCCUAUCAGGAAGUUAUUGAUUUGGAAGAAAAAAUUGCGGCCGCAAAGCUCAAGAAACAGAGAGACGAAGAGGAAAAACAAUUGAAAAAAGUUUUAUUAGUAAAUGCUAUGAAAUUAAGACAUAUUGAGAUGAUAAAGAGUGCAAGACCUAUCGAGCUACUUGAGGAUGCUAAAAUACGAUUAGAGGAUCCAAUGGAUCAUGAAUCACAAUUAAUUUUUCCAUCAAUGAUUUUGUAUCCUACUACAGACGAAUUCGAUUAUAUUGCUGAAAUUAGUGAAUUGAGUACUCCGACAGAUAUUUUGCAAAUUGUUUUAGAUAGACCAAAAGAAUGGUUCGAGGAUCCCAAACAUGAAAAUUUCACUCUCAAGAAAUUACAAUGCUACAUGGAAACUGUAUCAGGAGGCUUGGUCAAGGUUGGUAAGAAUGUGGCCGUGAAUAACGCGUUAAUGUCAGAUAAACCAAAGGCACCAUUAUUUGACAAUGCGUUAAGGUUAUAUGUAAUCCCAAAAUCUGAUUCUGAAGAAUGGUUAUCUAAGUGGAAUAAAGAUGUUGCUUUGGCAAAACGUCAAAUUUUGAAAUAA